AUGAAUAAUUUUCUGUCCUUCCUUUUCGUGACAUUUCUGAGCGCCUUCAUUUAUGCAUGCUACCUGUACUGUCUCCAAAAUGAGUACCUAAACAGCUACGGCCGCACCGUGCGCAUAAUCCUGGGAGCACUCAGCGCCCCCUUAUUUGUCUGCUACUAUUGGUCCUUUUUAAAGUGCUCCUUCAACAACCCAGGAUAUGUGGACACUACAUGGGAAGCAAACGCAGAAGAAAACAACAUCCAAAUUGAAAAGAGAAAAAUUAGGAACUACACGCCGAACAAAUACACCAUCUGCGACAAGUGCGACUUCCUCGUGAGGCCAGAGAGGGCCCACCACUGCCGGUCCUGCAAAAGAUGCGUGCUGAAGAUGGACCACCACUGCCCAUGGAUUGGCACCUGCGUGGGCGAGAGGAACCUCAAGUUCUUUUUCCUCUUCUUGUCAUAUGGGCUGCUAACAACGGUGUACAUUGCCGUGACGAUUAGCCCCAAGUUUGUUCUGGCCCUACACGAAAGCGAAAGUAACAAGGCCUCCGAAACGCUGCACCAUGGCGCCCUGCUGAUCACCGUCUGUGCUUCCCUGACCAUGAUGAUAGCCCUAGUCUUCAUGAACUGCCAGUACGUCUAUUUCAUUUCCCGUAACAUCACCAUAAUAGAGUCGUCGUACACGGAUAAGGUGUUUGGCGAAUUCAAGUGGAAGUGGUUCUUCCCCCUCACCCCCGAAAAUCUCUACCCUAACAACUACCUGUACCCGCUCAACGACAUAUACCUCAACAUCAACAACGUCGACAUGGAUGAUUCAUUUUUAGCUAGCCAUAACGAAAGUUUGAAAGAGGAAAACGUUUGA